UGUCCUGAUCAUCCCUGAAAUAAUCAAUGAUCCCACUCAUUCCAAUGCUGAAGAUCACAGACCAAACAGGACUCAAAAUUUACCUAUAAUUACACCAAUGUGCCAUUCUCAAAUUUGAUAAUUCUAGGUUUUUUUUUCCCUUCCCAAUAAAUACACACACACACUCUUUUUGGGCUUGAAGAAAAACCCCCUUUUCCCCUUUUCUGCGUUCUGUGCAGAACACACAGGGUAAUUGGGGUCUUAGGUUUUCACUUCCAAUUUUCCCGAGAAAAUUCCCAAUUCUCCCGGAAAAUCAACCCAAUUAUGGUGAAGAAAUCAACGGCGGCGGUGAAUGAGGAGGAGCCGGUGCCGGAGCAUCUCCGGUGCGGGCGGACUGACGGGCGGCAAUGGCGGUGCUGGCGGCGAGUGAUGGGUGAUCUGAAGCUUUGCGAGAUUCACUACCUUCAAGGUCGUCAUCGCCAGUACAAGGAGAAGGUCCCUGAGUCUCUGAAGCUUCAGAGGAAGCCCAGGAACAAGGACGGUGUUGCUUCUGGUUCUGGUUCUGGUUCCAGCAAUGCCGAAGCUAGGGCACGGAGGGUUUGCCAAAUUGCCAACAGGGUCAAGAGGAAGAAGAGGAAGCUCUCGUCGGAGGGCGGUUCUGAUUCUGAGGCGGCGUUGUCUCCUGUUCGGAAGAAGAGUGGUGGUAGUGGUGGUGAUAUGCAGUUGGACCUGUUGAGGAUGGUUCUGACUAGAGAGACUGAGAAGAGGAAGAGGAACAGCAAUUCGAAGGCGGCGGCGAUGAAGAAGAAGAAGAAGAAGAUGAUGAAGAAGAAGAAAAAGGAGGAGGAAGAAAAUCAGUUCAGUGAAGGAGAAUUGAGGAGAGAAUUGCCUAAUGGGGUGAUGGAAAUUUCACCAGCUUCAACAAUGCCCCAUGAUUACAACAAUGUGGGUUCACAUUGUGAUGUGAAAGUGGGUGUUGCUGCUCUUACACCGCGUUACUUCAGGUCCAAGAAUGUUGAGAGGGUCCCUGUUGGCAGGUUGCAGGUUGCACCAUACGGAACAAACUCAAACUUGAGGAACUGUAAGAGGAUGAAGUGUCAUUGGUGUCAUGGAACUAAACCUGAGAAUCUGAUCAAGUGUUCGAGCUGUCAGAAGGAGUUUUUCUGCACGGAUUGCAUCAAAGAGCGGUGUUUUGAUGCUCAAAAUGAAGUAAAGAAAGAAUGCCCAGUUUGUCGAGGAACUUGCACUUGUAAGGACUGCUUGGCAAGUCAAUGUAAUGACAGUGAAAGUAAGGAAUAUUUGGCUGGUAAAAGUAGAGUUGAUAAAAUAUUGCAUUUUCAUUAUUUGAUCUGCAUGCUCCUUCCAGUACUGAAGCGAAUAAGUGAAGAUCAGGAUUCUGAGAUAGAAACAGAAGCAAAAGUUAAAGGGAAAAAUAUUUCUGAUAUUCAAAUCAAGCAGGUUGAAUUUGGCGACAAUGAGAAGCAGUACUGCAAUCAUUGCAAAACACCCAUCUUGGAUCUCCAUAGAAGCUGCCCUACUUGUUCAUAUAGCCUAUGCUUAAGUUGUUGUGCGGAAUUAAGUCAAGGAAGAACUUCUGGAGAUAUUGACUCAUCUAUGUUCAAGCUGCCUUAUAGACUGAAAACCUGUAUUGCCAGCGAGAGUCAUUCUUUGGAUCAGAAGGCCAUUUCUACUGCUACUGCAAUAUUGCCGGAGUGUUCAAAUGGCAAUGGUAUUGAUAGUCUAUUAUGCCCUCCUACAGACCAUGGUGGUUGUGGUAAUAGCCACCUUGAUUUGAGAUGUGUUUUUCCCUCUAGUUGGAUCAAAGAAAUUGAAGUAAAGGCAGAAGAAAUUGUUUGCAGCUAUGACUUCCCCGAAACAUUGGAUAAAAGUUCAAGCUGCUCAUUAUGCUUUGAUACCGAUCAAAAUGAUAACAGAUAUAAGCACUUGCAAAAAGCAGCUCUAAGGCAAGAUUCAACGGAUAAUUUCUUAUUCUGUCCCACAGUUACGGACAUCAGCGGUGAUAACUUUGAGCACUUUCAGAAACAUUGGGGAAAAGGCCACCCCGUAGUAGUUCGAGAUGUCCUCCGAAGUACAACAAAGCCCUACUGGAAUCCUCUGAUCAUGUUCUGUUCUUAUCUCGAGCAGAGCAUUGCAAGACAUGAGAAUAAUAAAGACCUACUUGAAUCUUGUUUGGAUUGGUGUGAGGUGGAAAUUAACAUUAGGCAAUAUUUUACCGGGUCUCUCAAAGGUCGUCCUCAGAGAAACACUUGCCAUGAGAUGCUGAAACUAAAGGGGUGGUUGUCUUCCCAAAUAUUCAAAGAGCAGUUUCCAGCUCAUUUUGCUGAGGUAAUUGAUGCUCUACCAGUUCAAGAAUACAUGAAUCCCGAGACUGGUCUUCUGAAUUUGGCUGCAAAUUUGUCACACGGGAGUGAGAGACAUGACAUCGGGCCAUAUGUCUAUAUUUCACAUGGCUGUGCUGAUAGAGAAGCUGAUUCUGUUACAAAACUCUGCUAUGACUCAUAUGAUGUGGUUAAUAUUAUGGCACAUACCUCAGAUGCCCCCAUCUCUACAGAACAGCUUACGAAAAUACGAAAAUUACUAAAAAAGCACAAAGCUCUGUGUCAAAUGGAGUCUGUUGCUACUGAGCACCUAAAAGAACUGAAAGUGGGAAUGACAUUAUUGCAUGCUGAAGAAACGGAACAGAAAGGCUCGCGGAGUAUGGGAAAAGAAGGGUUAGACUUUUUCAGGAGAGUGAAUAGAACAUCAUGCAUCUCAACUGGUGCUAAAAAAGCUGCUAGCCAGAGUACAGACAGGAAUAUUUCCCAGGAUGCAGAGUGUGAUGUCUCUUCUGAUUCUGAUUCUGAUACUGAUUCUGACCCCUCUUUAUUUCUCAAGGGGACUGUUCAAACCACUGAAUUGUCUACACAUGAUUAUCCUAGAAAUCCCUCUGAAAGCUCAUACAGUGAUAAAAAUAGACUUACUAAACCUUCAGGUGCCCAAUGGGAUGUCUUUCGUAGAGAAGAUGUACCAAAGCUCAUUGAAUACCUUAAAAGGCACUAUGAUGAAUUUUCUUAUAUCCAUGACUAUGACAAGAAAAUCGUUCAUCCAAUUCUUGAUCAGAGCAUUUUUCUUGACAGUACCCACAAAAUGAGACUUAAGGAGGAGUUCAAGAUCGAACCAUGGACUUUUCAGCAACAUGUUGGAGAAGCUGUCAUCAUUCCUGCUGGUUGUCCAUACCAGAUCAGGAAUCCUAAGAGUUGUGUUCAUGUGGUAAUGGAAUUUGUGUCCCCUGAAAAUAUUACCGAGUGUAUCCAGUUGAUUGAUGAGGUCCGGCUGUUACCUGAAGACCAUAAAUCAAAAGUAGACAAGCUGGAGGUGAAGAAAAUGGCCCUUCAGAGCAUGAGUUCAGCAAUUAAGGAAAUACGCCAACUUACAUGCAAAACAUGAUUCAACCAGCUAAAAUACACAUACAUGCCUGAGAUUCUGAAGUUCAUUUCUCAAUUUGUAUAGAUUAAUUGCUCAAACUCAUUAGGAUCUAGCAAGGUACUAAUUUAAUUGAUUGUUUUCAGUCCAUACAAUUUUGUCUGCUAUGACACUUGUCUUACCUCAAUUUGAAAUAAAAGUUUGUGGUCUGUAUAGAUUUUUUCA